AUGACUUACCGGCCCGUAGCGGUCCAGACAACAAUGGCCAACAAACAAUUUCUUCAUAUCAGAAAUCGAACGAAAGUGGAGGAAACGGCAGAAUCAAUGAGAGGGACAAUGGGUGAUAUGCAACAUUUCUGCCUGCGGUGGAACAAUUACCAAUCGAGUAUAACAUCAGCUUUCGAAAACUUGAGAGAUGACGAAGAUUUUGUGGAUGUGACUCUUGCCUGUGAUGGGAAGAGCCUUAAGGCCCAUAGGGUUGUCCUUUCAGCGUGUAGCCCUUAUUUCAGAGAACUACUUAAGAGUACACCAUGUAAACAUCCAGUGAUAGUCCUCCAAGAUGUCAUGUUUGAAGAUUUGCAUGCACUGGUUGAAUUUAUUUACCACGGUGAAGUAAAUGUCAGGCAAAGAUCUCUCUCUUCAUUUUUGAAGACUGCUGAAGUUCUUAGAGUGAGUGGGUUGACUCAGCAGAGUGGGGCUGUUUCGAUGGGCUUGGACAAAGGUGCUAACUUGCCUGAUGGUAGAGGAUCUCCACACCAUCCAAGAAAACCACAGCAUAAACACCGGGAAAGGCCAGUAUCUACACCAGAAAAUCUCGAAAGUCAGGACAGUAGCUUACCGAAAAGACCGAAAAAUGAGCCCAACAGUUACCCUGAACGCUCACCACUGAUGGGAGGAGAUAUGGAAGAACCACCAAUGGAUUUCUCGACCACAUCUGGAAACAACAAUAACAAUAACAACAACAACAACAAUAGCCGGGAGAAAAACAGCGGUUCACCUGCCGGAUCAGACAUCAAGCCAGAGCCAAUCGAACUGACGCCACAUAUCGGAAAUGAAAAAGAUGAUUCGGGAGAUUCGGGAGGGGAGAUGGAGGCAGGGCCUCCUCAUCUGCCACCGCAACUUCCUGACCCUGAUGACUCUAUGCCAAGCGCUCACAAUUAUCUCGAUUCAAAACUUUUUGCUGGACCCGGUUUAAAUAAUCAAGCACACGCGCUUGGUAAUUCAGAUGGUCUCGCUGGAACUUCAUCACAAGGGGUUUGGCAGAGGCCGGGCCGACCGGUUGCUUGUCAUCGCCCCAACAACGACCACGGUUACACGUGCGAUAUUUGCCACAAGCGCUACCGAACCAUUAGUAGCCUUCGGAACCAUAAAAGUGUUUACCACCGCCAGAACAGAGCCCAGCAUGAUAAGCGAUACCCACUUCAACAGCAACAACACCAGCCCGCUAAUUUCUCUAAUCCACCACCACCUAAUUUUCACUACGGUUGAUACAUGAAUAAUAAAAGACUAAACACUAACUACAGAUAAUAUUAAUAAAUAUAUUUAUCUUGUUAUUUUCUUAUUAAAUUAUAGCCUUAACUAAACCAAUUUAUGUUAAUAUUUAAAUUUUUUUAAAAUAUUGACUGUUUUAUCUGUUAUAGAAGUUUAGAAUGUUAUAUUAAUAAACAGAAAUAUUUUUGUUAUAUUAUUACUAGUUUUAUAUUAGCAUUCUAAAGUUUAUUACUUGUGAUUUUUUUAAAAAUAUUGAAUAGUUUUUUAAUUAACUAAUAAAUUUACUAAAAUCCCUGACAAAUUUAUAUAUAUAUAUAUAUAUUAAUAAUAUAAUUUUUCAUGUCAUUAAACAAAAUAUGAUUAAUAUAAGGAAAGGAGUGACUUUUGAAAUUGCCAAUUUUAUGUAUAAACAUAUAUUUUAAUACCUACAUAAUUGAUAUACACUAAUAUUUAUUCUGGUGACAUGAUAAUGGUUCUACAAUAAAGUGCAGUUAUGCUCAAUUUUGGAUUUGUAUUAAUUUCUCCUUUUUUCCAUUUAUUCAAAUUUUAAAAAUUCCUAUAUUGAUAGGAAAUGGGCGGAAACCUAUUUCACUAUUCCAAUUUUUUUUUUUUAAAUUCAUUUCGGUUAAGAAUAUUAGUCAUAAAC